AUGGAGAACGAACUCUCACGUUUUAUUCGCCAAGCGCCGAGUGAAGUGAUUGAAUUGGUCUGCGGCUUUCUCGAUUUCUCGGAUUUCCUGGCGCUCACCUCAAUUUCACGGUUGAUAAGAAGCGCUCUGGUCAGCUAUCACCGCUGUUGGCUCAAUUUCUACUCAAAGGGACAUGUACACAGACAUUACGAGAUUCCUAUCUCGAUCGACCCUCUGCAACGUCGAGAUGGUGGAGUAAAAGGCUCGGAAACUGCUCUGAAAUACGCGCUGAGGAUGCCAAGUUUUGAUAGACAAAUCAUCUCUAAUCCUGCCGCAAAGCUCUUGAGUUCUGCGCGCAAGGUAGAGAUUAUAAAGAUGAACAAUGCGCAUUCUUCAAACCCACUGUUGGAUUUGGGGAUCCUGGACAGGCUCAAGAGGGAUAAAUGGAAGGGAGAACCGAAGCAGGAUGUCAAGGUUCUGUCAUCAUUCCCAAAUCCCAUUCUAGUAGCUCCAGUAGACAAAAAUAAGCCGUUUUCAGUAAUGUCAAACUCCCACAUGUGCAGCUUUAAGGAGGGAGGGUUUAUGGUCAAUAGCUUUUUACCUUCCCUUAAAAAUGUAAAGGUCGUAUGCUGGGUGCGUUUGCAGGAUGGUAAAAUGGCGUUGGGCCAUGGUAUUCACGCAUCCUUUAAUUGCAGAAGUGAUUCUUGUGAUCAAAAGGUGUUGGCAGUUAUCCAUGAGAAUGGUAGGGGUGGAGUGGCUAUUUCCUUUUAUCAAUACGAGGAAUCUCAUGCAUGCGGACUAGCAAGCAGCCCGGGGUUUACCAUUGAUGUUGAUAUAGAAUCUGGAGAUAAGAUUACAAGCGCACACAUUAGCGGACUAUUGUUGACUUGGAGUAACAAAAGGUUGCAGUUUACCCAUUUAAACAUUAUCCUGGGAAGCCAUAGAGGGAAAAUAUAUUGGAAAAGGUCUGAAAAGGGAAGUAGUAUAGCUAGUGGAAAGUAUGAAGCUUGCCAAUUUCCAAUUUCUGAGAUAGAGGUACUGUUUGGUUCCAUGGCUAUCUUGUAUAGCAAGGCCAAGUACUUGGGAGUUGUUAGAAUGGUAGAUAAUGGAUGGGAAACUCUGGAAAGCGUACAAGACUCCAUUACUAGCUUCUCUGUUGAUAUGGACAACUGCAUACUUGGUUAUUGUACGAGCAUUCACAACCGUAGCACGUUUUUGGAUCUUUGUCCAAAUAUGCCUUGUGCUACCAUUCAACACGCAAGUUACUCUGUACCAAAGCCUCCUUUGUGCAUCACCUACCUUAACCGUGAUUCAAAGUGGGCUCUGGUUAUCCGUAACUACAUUCGUGUCUUGCAAGUAGUCUUUAGGGAUACUCUUGUAUUCAAAUCUCUCUUUACGCUAAAUGGACAUACGCAACCGAUAACGCAAUGUGUGCAUGACGGGUGGUCCAAACUCGUUAGCGUGGAUUCUACUCAUCAAAUUUUUGUCUGGGAUUAUAUGGAUGGUUGCAAGCUCUUUUCCUUUUCUCUAGUUUCCAGCACGCGUGAGAGGGGUAUGGACCCACUAGACGUCUACAUCAAGGCCAUGAAUGGUGGACAAAGGAAUGGAACAUGCAAAAAUGAUCGCCAUAGGGGCAAAAUGGGAAAUUUGGCCAAAUACAUAAAGUGCAAAAUAGGGCGCGACGAAUGGGACGAUUCUCCACUCGAAACUGAUAGUGAUUACACACCAACACACAGCACGAUUGACUCUGUUUCUUCACAAAGCGCAAGGUAUGCACACUAUGCCGUGCACAAGGAAAGGGGUAUGAGAGGAUUGUUGGAACCAAGCAAACGGGAGGAUUACCACGUUAAUGUCUCCGUUCAAUCACUGCUAAUUUAUUAUCAAGGUUCCAAGACCAUGCAAGUGUGGUCAUUUAAAUAA